CCAUGGCUGCGCACCGGUUCGGCCCCGGGGCUUCUGUGCCCGCGCCUCGCCGCCCCGCCAGGCCGGCCCCGCCGCCGGGGGUCCCAGCGCCGCUUCCGUAGCGCGCCUCCCAGGACUGUGACCUCUUUUAUGAUGGAGGGAAGCCGGCAGACACGAGUGUCUCGACCCUACAAGAUCAGCGAAUCUUCAAAGGUGUACCGCUGGGCUGAGCACUCGACCACAGUGCUGCAGCGACUGAAUGAGCAGCGUCUACAUGGCCUCUUCUGCGACAUUGUCCUGGUGGCCGACGAGCAGCGUGUGCCAGCGCACCGCAACCUGCUGGCCGUGUGCAGCGACUACUUCAAUUCCAUGUUCACCCUGGGCAUGCGCGAGGCCUUCCAGAAGGAGGUGGAGCUGAUUGGUGCCUCAUACAUUGGCCUCAAGGCUGUGGUGGACUUCUUGUAUGGCGGAGAGUUGGCGCUAGAUGGCGGCAACAUUGACUACAUCCUGGAGACGGCCCACCUGCUGCAGAUCUGGACGGUGGUGGAUUUCUGCUGCGAGUACCUGGAGCAGGAGGUAAGCGAGGACAACUACCUGUACCUGCAGGAGCUGGCCUCCAUCUACAGCCUCAAGCGGCUGGAUGCCUUCAUCGAUGGCUUUAUCCUGAGCCACUUCGGCACGCUGUCCUUCACGCCUGACUUCCUGCAGAACAUCUCCAUGCAGAAGCUGUGCGUCUACCUGAGCAGCAGUGAGGUGCAGCGGGAAUGUGAGCACGACCUGCUGCAGGCCGCCCUGCAGUGGCUGACGCAGCAGCCAGAGCGCGAGGCCCAUGCCUAUCAGGUGCUGGAGCACAUCCACUUCCCACUCAUCCCCAAGAACGACCUGCUGCACCGUGUCAAGCCAGCUGUGUGCUCACUGCUGCCCCGGGAGGCCAACUGCGAAGGCUUCAUCGAGGAGGCCGUGCACUACCACAACAGCCUGGCAGCCCAGCCAGUCAUGCAGACCAAGCGCACGGCGCUCCGCACCAACGAGGAGUGCCUGCUGUUUGUGGGUGGCGAGGUCUCCGAACGGUGUCUGGAGCUCAGUGACGACACCUGCUACCUGGACGCCAAGAGCGAGCAGUGGGUCAAGGAGACACCCCUGCCUGCCCGGCGGAGCCACCACUGUGUUGCCGUGCUUGGGGGAUUCAUCUUCAUCGCUGGUGGCAGCUUCUCGAGGGACAAUGGAGGGGACGCAGCGUCCAAUCUUCUUUAUAGGUAUGACCCCCGCUGUAAACAGUGGAUCAAGGUGGCCUCCAUGAACCAGCGUCGUGUGGAUUUCUACCUUGCCUCCAUUGAAGACAUGCUAGUGGCCGUCGGUGGCCGGAAUGAGAAUGGAGCUCUCUCUUCAGUAGAGACUUACAGUCCCAAGACCGAUUCCUGGUCCUACGUGGCUGGCUUGCCAAGGUUCACCUAUGGCCACGCAGGUACCAUCUACAAAGACUUCGUGUACAUCUCUGGGGGCCACGACUACCAGAUCGGCCCCUACCGCAAGAACCUGCUGUGCUACGACCACCGGACGGACGUGUGGGAGGAGCGCCGGCCCAUGAUCACAGCGCGCGGCUGGCACAGCAUGUGCAGCCUGGAGGACCGCAUCUACUCCAUUGGGGGCAGCGACGACAGCGUGGAGUCCAUGGAGCGCUUCGACGUGCUGGGUGUCGAGGCCUACAGCCCACAGUGCAACCAGUGGACCCGCGUGGCCCCGCUGCUGCACGCCAACAGCGAGUCAGGCGUGGCCGUAUGGGAAGGCCGCAUUUACAUCCUGGGCGGCUAUAGCUGGGAGAACACGGCCUUCUCCAAGACGGUCCAGGUGUACGACCGCGAGAAGGACAAGUGGAGCAAAGGCACUGACCUGCCCAAGGCCAUUGCCGGCGUGUCCGCCUGCGUCUGCGCCCUGAAGCCGCGGCUGGAGGACAAGAAGAAGAAGGGCAAGGCCAAGAGGCACCAGGACCGGGGCCAGUGACCCGGCCCGUGCCUGCUGAGGCCUUGUCCCCACUGCCACCUCCCAGAGUGUCUGUAGACCAGCAACAACUUCCUAGAACCCUGGAACCAUUAUGCACCACUUAGCAGCUUUUUUUUUACUUUUAUGAUUUUUGGUAUUUCUAUGAUAUCACUGUAACUGAUUAAAUAUUCUACGUAACUUUACAUAUUAUCUUGCUUGAAUAAUCCAGACAGGAACUAUCCCCUUGUGUCUGCUCAGGGCUUCUCCCCACAUUACAGAUCUUUGGGGGUCCUCCCAACCAUCACCUUGAGAGUAGCUAGGGCCAGGGUUAUGUGGAAGUUUUUGUAGUGAAACUGGAGGCUUUGGUGGGACAUUUCAGGUCCUCUAGUCUGUGCCUCCCCAAACCUGGCUGAGUUUUUAAAAAUGCGGAUUCCUGGGCCCUGCCUGAGAAUAAUUGAAUCUAAAACUACCAAGAGCGGUGGGAGGAGUUGCCAGAAACUGUUAUAACCAGUCCCUGGAAUGACUGAGCAGCAGCCAUGUCUGGGAAUCACUGGCAAGGUCAAGGGCAGUCGUUUUUAUAAGUGUGGACACAGGGACCCCGAGAGGGUGAGAGAGUGACCAAGGGUCACCAGAUCAGCAGACAACAGGUGAGACCUGGGACUUUUCACCUGGGAGGUGUUCCUGCCCCUCCCUAGGAUUUUCGUAUCCAGUGAUUAUUGUUUCUGAAUCCUCUCAGUUUUCCUGGUUGGUAAUCUUCCUGAAAGCUAACAGGGUAUAGGUGAUCAGGGAGGAAGUAGGGGGAAAGACAUGAAGUUCUUUAUAAAUAUUCUGUAAUUUGCCCUUUUUUUAACAUUUUCCUGGCGCCCACUGCUUCUGAUGUGCUGAGCCCCCAAAUCUACAUUCACUUCUCAGGAAAGGAAAAGGGAGCACCCUAGCAUUUGCCAUUGUUCUCAGUGACUCCAGCUCCUAGAAGCAUUGAAGGCUUUUACAUGAGUGAGCGCACAUUAAUCCCUAAGAAGGCUGAGCAUCUCCCCAACUCACCCACUCUAGUGGCAGGCCCUGGUCCCAGCCAUCUGCUGCUGAGUAGUUUUGUGCUGCUGGGCAAAUUCUUUAACAAGUCUUGAGCUGUUUCCUCACUCAUUAAGUGACAGGCUUGGAUGAAAUAAUGGCCAGGCUCCUCCCAGGGUUUCAGCUCUUUUAGUCUGUAUAAGCUCUUAAAAUAUUCGGCACCUCCUUUUGAGAUAUGUGACUGCUGUGCACAGAUUUCUGCAGUUACUAGAACAUCAAGAGUAUGUGCCCUUUAAGGAGACUAAUGCCCAAGAUGCUGUGUAACAAAUACAAUAUGAUGGGAGGAAAGGAAUGUGUCUUAAUUGUGAGCCAAAGGAAGCAUUAAUGAUUUAUACCUUGGCAGAGAUUUGAUGGAAGAGAGGAGAAAACUUCAAGAUGUACUGUUAACAUUGAUAGUAGAAUAAGAAUCUCAGUUUAUUUUAUUUUAUUUUGUGUUUCUUUACUUCCCUUCCUUUCCUUCAAGGCUUACCGCGAUUUUGAUGACAACCAGGAAAGCUGAGAGUGACUGGUGUUUAAAGCUUCAGUACCGAAAUCAUUGCCUUCUAUUGCUAGUUGGGCAAGCAGCCUGCAUAGUUAGCUAGUUCCUUGUAUGUGGGAGUCCCUAGAGGCUUCCAAACUGUUGAGAAGUUCUGCAAGGCGUACAAACAAACAAAAAAACUAUACUCUUCUUGUAGCUUGACAACCCUUUUGUGUAUUAAAGGCUCUGAGAAGUCCUGCAUUAACUAUACUAACCUUCCAUCAACCAGCAUCUCUAAACUUCACUGAGCCGGAAACCCUUUUGUGUCUCAUACCUAGUCUCAGCCCUCCACGAAAUACAUUUUGCAGAACUUCUAUGAAAUUCGGGAUAGUGUAGACCCUUCCUAUACCAGGAAAGUUUUCAUCACUUGAAGACCCUUUACAAAGCAUAGAAGUUAUGGUCUUUUCUCCCCUGCUCAGCCCAAGUCAUAAACUGAGUAGUGGUCAACUAGAACCCAGAGGAAGGUGGGGAAGAGCUCAUAGACUAUUCGUGCUCUGUGGAGACAUGACUUUGACCUUGGGGAGAGGGCAGCCAUCAGUUUUUAGCUUAAGCCAGCUGUAUUUUUGGCUGCCAGGACGUGUCCCAUGAUGCAGGCCCCUGGCCUCUUUUCUGACUUGUGCCUUCGUUACUAACAAUGCCCUGCACCGAAUAUUUGCUGAUGUCUCUCAUUCGCUGUAAAAGCAGUUUGUAAUCUACAUGGCAUAGAAGCUAAUUUUGAUGUUGAGGGGACAUUUCUUUAAAAGUAGACUUUGAUAGAUAAGUUUCCUCUUGUGGAUCAACUUCAAAUAAUUGGUGGUGGCUCCACUUAUACUAAGAAAGAUUUUCAAGCUCAUUGGGGUCAGUGCAAAAGAGCAUCAUGACCAAUGAGCCUGGGCUUGGGAAUGCAAAGUGGUGGGACCCAUGGCUGGUUUUUGUUGUUGACGUUUCAAGAUGGAAAUCACUCCACCGCACAGUCCAACUAAGAAUGGAAGAAAAUGGUUUUGAACUCAUUUUGGCAGAGCUUUGGGGUGCGCUUAGGCAGAUGGCCACUUGAACUGCAUAAUCUUGAAGGUAUUGUUUCAAACCGAAGCGACAAAGACCCAGAAUCUUGCAGGUCGCCAUCUUGAGUCAAAAACAGCAACAUUUACCAUUAUAUGAUCAAACUCAAUGCUUUAAAGUGAACUUUGAGAAUAUCUGGAUCAGCUUUUCAGUUUUGUUUUAUUUUUUAAUUUUUCAAAAUAAGGAUGGUGGACUUUUAUUCAGGUUUUCUUCUGUCACUUUUAAAGCACUAGAGUUUUAACUUCAUAUUAGUUGUAGGUUUUGAGUUUGAUCUUCAUCCAAGUUAGAACCCUGUUUGCUUAAGACAUAAUGGAAUAAUGGAAGAGGAUAGAAAAGCUGGAGAAACCCUUGUUCCUUGUGGUGGUUUUUCUGCUGUCUCAGUAACUUGCUUGUAUGGAUGGCUCAAUCAGUAUUUUUAACAUUCUGCCAGUUUAGAUAGACUACCAGGUAGGACUUCUAGAUCUUGAGCUGAGCAGAAAACUUCAUGUAUGUAUUAUAGUUUGAAUGUUCCUCCCCCUGCCCCUGACUGAUGAGGCGACCUGACCUCAUGGUGACUUAAUAGAAACCCCAGAAGCCAACCUUGAGGGGUGUUCAGUUUAGGGUGGGAACCCAAAUGCCAAAAGGGGGUGGAGUCCCUCCCCUAAGGUCCAGGGUCUCACUCUGUGGGUUCAGGUGAGUUCACCUGUGGUUCAAAGUACCUGGCUACAAGUCCAGGAGUGACGUUUUGGUGAUGUGAGCAAUGUGGGAUGGGAGAGGACCACCCCCCGCCCCCUUAUAGAGUUACCGGCCUAUCUCUACCCUGGUCCUCCAUGGCAUGCGCUUCGCCAGCUCCAACCUGAGCAGCACCUCACAGGCCUUUUAGCUCUUGGAGUUUUUAGCUAGAUUCUCAAACUGCUGGUCCCUAACCUGGAGAGGCAUUUCCAGCUGUGGCCUGGACAUCCUCGCUGUCUCUGCAGAUUCUGAGUCUUCAGAGGGCAGGGCGCGGUGUCCUGGCUUUUAGGACAAACCUCUGUAGUACAGGGCAGCUCCACAGGUACUUGGAGAUCCUGCCAAGUGCGUCUGCCAAGACCGGCAGUUUUUAAAUUUUUUUGAAAUGUUUUGAUACUUUUUGAUACCAUUUGCUAAUAACCGUUUUGUAGGUUGCCUGCCGGGGUUUUCCACCUCACCCCUUACCCCCACUCCCUUGAGCUUGCACUAGCCAGCCAAGGUCCUGUGGUCAGUGCCGGGAUAUUGCCAUAUGGCUUUGUCUUGGAUCUUGCUCUCCUCCAUGGCUGUGAUCUGAUACAACUCUUGAAUUUUGUAAGGUCACACAUGGCCCCUGAGUAUGAUCAUGACUGUCUUCGGCCCCCAACUGAGCAAGAAAACACUGAUUUGCCAAGAGGACACUCUCACUCUCUGUAGAUGUCCCACACUCCUUCCAAAGCUCCUACCUCAGCAGUGUGCACAGAGUUGGAAAGAUACCUGAGGACAGAUCCAUAGAUCACCUUUCUCAUACGGGUCAUUUCUCAACCCAGGGCAGGGCUGGGGUCCUGAUCCAAUCUCGUCCACCCCUCCUUUUAAAGAAAUGUUAACAUGAAAUCUGUAACAGUGAACCAUCCUGCACUUUAUAGAAUUAUUACCCUCAGCAUUGGAGGCUGUUAAUUUCUUUGUGGGUUUUUUUUAAAAAAACAUGGAUAGAAUUGGUGGCUUCUGAGGAUGUUUCGGGGAUCUCAAAAAAA